UUAGUCACGUAAAAAUAUGUAUACAUUGUUUUAAUUGAGUCUUUGUUCUGUGGUAACAACGACGGAAAGUUUGAAAUAGAUUGGAUUGGUUUACUACUACAGUAGUCAUCUAACCAUAAAUGUCCACUGUCUCAAGUAAUAGAAUUCCCGCCAAGCUUUUCACAUUUUGGCGCCAUUAAGUGAAAUUGUUUUUAAUUGUGUUUUUAUGUUUUUUUAUGACUUAACUUUUCAUUUAAGUAAAGUGCAAACAGUCUAAUAUAGUAAAAAGCAUUUAAAACAUACGUACAUCAUAAUUUAAGUGAAGUCAAAUAUUAAAAAUGGUACGUCGAAAAUCUGAUGCAAGAUCAAUUGACAGUUCGCAAACAGCACGCAGUGAUAAAUCUAGGACUGACGUUUUAGUGGGCAGACACAAAAUUCGAAAGAUGCAAAUUUUAAAAGAAAUUCGAUAUUUCAGAAAAAGUGUAAAAUUGCUUAUACCAAAACUAGCUUUUGCUCGUGUAGUUAAAGAAAUUAUGAUAGAUUUAUUUCCUAGAAGUGAUGUAACUAGAGUACAACCAUCUGCACUUGAAGCACUGCAAGAAGCUGCAGAAGCAUAUUUAGUUCAAUUUUUUGAAGAUUGUGUAUUAUUGUCACAGCAUGGAAAGCGUGUGACUCUUCAAAUUCAAGAUAUGAUUUUAAUGAGACGACUCAGAGGAAGAGAUGAUAUUAUAAAUAAAUGAAGUAAUUUCGCUAUUAAGCUUGAUAAUUUUAAUGUAUAUUUAUGAUAUAUUUUGUAUAUUUGUAUAUUUAAUAAUACCUGAUAUAAAUAUUUUAAAUAUUCCACUAAUUUUAUUAAGUAUACGAAUUGUUUCAUGCUAUGAAGGCUACAGCAUUGUUUUUACCUUUUAUGAAUUUUUUUAUUGUAUGUUUAGUAAUUUGCAUAUAUAUCAUCGGAUAAUACUAAUUAAUAAAAAAUCAAAAAU